GCCGCAGUAUACGGCAUUGGUGCCGCAGCGCGUAUGUGGGCAGCGGCGGGGGGUAUCAGUCUCAUAAUAUUACGGAUCACCUCCAGCAGUAUACAGGAAGUCAAGGAUGAGUCUCCAAAGAGUCUUUUCUCUGCAAAGUCAUGUUGUAUCAGGCUAUGUUGGCAACAAGAGUGCAACUUUUCCUCUGCAGGUUCACGGCUUUGACGUCGACGCCGUGAACUCUGUGCAGUUUUCCAACCACACUGGCUACAAGUGCUUCAAGGGACAAGUUAUGAAUGAUUCCGAACUGGACGAGCUAGUCACCGGGCUCCGGAUGAACAGCAUCAAUAGGUACUCGCACCUGCUCACGGGCUACAUUGGCGCGCGCUCUUUCCUGCUGAAGGUGGCCGAUGUGGUGCGGGAGCUGAAGCAGGUCAACCCCGACCUCAUCUACGUGUGUGAUCCCGUGAUGGGAGACAACGGGCAGAUGUACGUGCCGGAGGAGCUGCUGCCCGUCUAUUGCGAGCACAUCAUCCCGCUGGCCGAUAUCAUCACGCCCAACCAAUUUGAGGCCGAGCUGUUGACCGGGGAGAAGAUCACGGACGAGGCGAGCGCGCUGCGAGCUAUGGACCGACUGCACGCGGCCGGCAUCGGCACUGUCGUGCUUUCCAGCACCGACCUCGGCUCACAGGACACGCUGGUCGGCCUGGCCAGCACGCGCGACAAUGGCAGCACUCGCCGCAUCCGGGUUAACAUUCCCCGCCUGCCGGCCUCGUUCACGGGCACGGGCGACCUGUUCGCCGCCUGCCUGCUGGCCUGGAUGCACCGCACCGGCGGCGACCUCAAGACGGCGUGCCAGAAGACGGUAUCCACGCUGCAGGACGUGCUCAAGCGCACACUGAAGCACGCACAAGAGCUGGCCGGUCCCGACCGGGAGCCGGGUGCCGCCGAGCUCGAGCUGCGUCUGGUGCAGAGCCUGGACGACAUUCGGCAGCCUCGCUCGCCCGUGGUCGUGCUGGACAUCUAGCGGCGGAGCUGGGAACCUCAACUUGCCUGGUCUUCCAACCGGGGCUGACACUCCUCCGACCCGAACCGGAUGAAGGAGUGAUUAUUGAAGUGUAGCCAGUAUUUAUGUGUUGAUUGUUUGAUAAUUUGGAACGGAACCGGGCCAUUGUUAUUCCCACUCGGAUAUCAGAAGAGCUUCCAGGCGUUUUCGCCACCUCAGUCAUGAGUUAUAUAUUGAAGUGGUGAUGGCACAUAUAUUUGCUAAUCUGCGUAGUUAUAUUUGCAUAUCUGUUUUUGAAACGGUUCAACGAAUAUACUGUGAGUUAUCGC